AUGGAGACUGCAUGUCAAGGUGAAGUGUUUCUGUACGAUGAGAUGUUGGGUUAUGCCGGCUUUGAGGCCCGCACUGGGCAGAACCUUCCACAGGGUUCCAAAGCAGUGGUCUGCAUUGGAGGCUUGACCGAUGGCUUGUUAAGUCUACGAUACCUGCCCGCAUUGGCUGCUGAACUGCAGCAGGUUGGCUGGCGAACUUUUCAACCAGUACUGCAAAGUAGCUACAGGGGCUGGGGUUUUGCGAGUCUUGAUGAUGAUGUAAUGGGAAUCGACAAGUUUUUGUCCUUCCUGCGAUCGAAACGUGGGAUUACAGAAGUCGUCUUGCUUGGAUCAUCGACCGGAUGUCAAGAUGCAGUCCACUACAUCAAGGUUGGCAAGCUCACUGAGCUUGUGCAUGGAAUCGUUCUCCAAGCACCCGUGAGUGAUCGUGAGGCUUUGUCUGUCGAAACUUCUGGAAGCCAAGUUGAAGCCCUCCGUGAGUUUGCAGAAACAGCAAGCAGGAUGAUAGCUGAAGGACGAGGAGAAGAGCCUUUGCCUCGCGCAGCGUGUCAACUGUUUGGUCCUCCAGAUGUGAUUACUGCUUACCGUUUCGACUCAUUGACAAGACGGCUGGCAGAUGACGACAUGUUCUCUUCCGAUCUGUCAGAAGAUGAGAUGAAACAGAAGCUUGGUCAUGUACACACGCCUGCUUUGUUGGUAGCCUCUGCAGAUGACGAGUAUGUGCCCAAGACUGUCGAUGUAUCAACGCUGUGCCAUCGCAUGGCCGAUGCGAUGGCUGCGGGUGUAGCACGAACUGCAGAGUGCUUGGUCUUGGAGCAGGGCGGCCAUGGGGUACGCGGGCAGGAUGCACAAGCGCGUUUUGUAGAUGCGGUUGCAAGAUUUGUUGCCAGGCUCAGUGUGCAGGAGCUUCCUGACAGCACACGUCUGUCUCGAUUGACCUGGGAAGUCGCUCUAGCAAACACCCUUCGUAGCAGAGCAGCAUCCUUGCCUUCCGGGAAGCCGCUUCUCGUGGCGCUUGCGGGAAUGCCAGGUUCGGGAAAAAGCAGGAUUUCACAAAUCUUAUUGCGCCUGUUGCAGCCGGAUUGUCUUGUGGUACAGAUGGAUGGAUAUCAUACAAAGCUGUCCGAUCUACAAUCAAGACCAGACGCCGCAGAUGCUGUGUACAGGCGAGGAGCUCCGGACACAUUUGAGGUAUCGUCUCUGAGAGAAGCGCUGCAGAGGGUCAAAACUGGAGAAUCAAGCGUGAAGUUCCCCGCAUUCGACCACGCACGUGGAGAUCCAGUGGAAGAUGCAGUUUGCUUUGACCGCCGUGUCCAUAAAAUAGUCCUUGUGGAGGGGUUGUAUCUGCUGCACCGGAAAGAUGGGUGGCAAGAAAUACCAGAUCUCUUCGACUUCAAGGUUUACCUUGAUGCGGAUCUUGAGGAGUGCAUUGGCCGAGUGAAGGAGCGCAACAAAGUUAUUCCAGGCUACACCCCACAGGAAAUAGACAAGCGUUGCGAGGAGGUGGACAGACGAAAUGCAGAGGUUGUUCAGCUGACGCAGGGAGAAGCAGAUCUUCAUGCGGGUCCCGCACUGGUCAUCAUGGCUCGGCACAAAUUGAAAGCCUCAUCCGAUCGUCAGACGAAUGUGGAGGGUAAACCAAAUCCAGGUGGGAGGUCAAGUUUUCUUGUCGUUUGCCUACGAAGUUGCGCAGUCAUCUUGCUUCUACUGGUGGGCAUCGCUGGCGGGAGCAUGCUCCUGUCUUCAUCGGGGACCACUCACGCAGCAUCGGUAGAUUCACCGCGUGGUCCGCCUGACCAAACAUUUGCAGACACUGCAGUCCCGUUGGUGCGGCAGUUCAUCAAGUCCCGAUACAAAGACUACGGGAAGGGCACUGUAACCCUACGUCAUUUGAAGGAGCACAUCGUGGCAAACACCAACAUCGGCCUCACAUACGAGGACUUGAGGGACGAUCGCUACUCCUCCGUUAUCGAGGAUGAAGUUGAUGCGAUUGUAGCGAGAUGCGACGGGGGCAAGCCUCUUGAAGCCCGUCGCGUGUCUGGACACGGCCAAGCCAUCGAUCGAGCUGUGAGAAAGGCGUCCUUUGACGUCAAAGGGGUGCGACACAGAGUUUGUGGCCAGAAUGCAACGGCAGUGCGUUGGUGUUGCAGCAAAGCUGCUCAAGCUGGAGGGCUGUCCUUGUCUUUUCAACUCUCGUACAUGCAGACUCCAUUCUCGUCUAGAAAUUCCAGACCCUUUAGCAGAUACAGGCUUUGGACUCUCCACAAUGCAGAGUGGUCAGGUCAGGUGAACCUUUCUUGCGAAUUUGACGCCAUGUCGGUUGUCGGACGGUUUCGUUUAAUCGUUCCUGGCGCGACGGCCAAGCCUGCUCCAAAAUUGGGGCAAGCUUUGGGACCUUUGGGAAUCAAUAUGAUGACGUUUUGCAAAGACUUCAAUGCGAGGACGACCAAAGUGCGACCAGAGGUUCCACUUCAAUGCACUUUGGUCCCCCGAUCUGAUCGCACAUACAAAUUCUUUCUGCGAACGCCCGAGUCCCCUUGGUUUCUCCUGCGUUGCGCCAGGAUGGCGAAAGGGUCUGACUUUGGUCAGGGGGCCCCGCCAGUUGGCAAUAUCACCUUGAAGGAGCUCUUCCAUAUAGCCAAGGCCAAGAGCAUGGAUCCGCAGCUGAUUGGAGUGCCGGUAAGAACGAUCUGUCUUGGCCUGAUGCGCACUGCCAAGCAGAUGGGCAUCAAGAUAUCACGGACCUUGGAGCCCGAGUUCUCCAAGCGGGAUGAUGAACCCAUCGAGGGCUUGGAAGAAAAGCGGAAGCAGCUGCGGCUUCUCAACAAGGCGCAGAAGAAAGGAAAGGCCAAGAAAUGA